AAGCUUUCUAUUGAGGUUUUGUAAGGUAUUUUGUAGUGAAAUCCAAGAUGGAAGACUUUCCAACGGAGUAUGACGCUAUCGUCCUCGGAACAGGCUUGCCAGAGGCUGUCGUAGCAGCUGCUCUAUCAAGGAUAGGUCUGAAGGUCUUACACCUUGACAGGAAUGAUUAUUAUUCAAGUCAAUGGGCUUCGUUCACAUUUGAUGGCCUUUUGAAGUGGAUUCAACGAAAUCAGGAAAUUUUGGAAGAUGAUGAUUCUGGUCCAGUAACUGUAGUUACUGAGGAUGCAAUUCAAUAUUUUCUUAUCCCUAAGACUGCAAAAGCAGCACAGAACAUCAAAGUAAAGUCAUAUUUUAGAACUGAGAAAAAACAAAAUCCUGUCCAAGACAUAAAACAAACAGAUCCAAUCACUCUGGAGAAAGAGGCAACAGAAAAAGAUAAGAUUGGAGAUGAGAGAACUGACCAGGAAAAUGAAACAGGAAAUAAAGAGAUAACUGAUAUCGCACCUUGUGUAAGAGAUAAUGUAACAGCUGCAUUUCCAGCAAUGCAUGGAAGUCUAGCUCAAAAUGAAAAAAAUGAGAUAACCGGAGAAAGUGCAGCAGAAACAACAUUUUGUUCACACGAAAAUGUGUCAGAAGAGUCUACCAUAGUGGAUGAUAGCACACAAAUUGAGCAAGGUGCAGGGAAUAAUGUCUCAGUUACCCAACCAGGUUCACAGAUUGAUGAGGCAGAGACAUCAUCACCUUCAGUAGGUGAUGGGGAAGGACAAAGUCAUGUCGAAGGCUCAUUUGAUACAAACUCUUCAAGGAUUGAUUCACAACCUUCUCAAGGUAUUGGAUCUGAACAACCACCAACUUCUGGUCAAACACCACCUCCAAGUCAAGCAUCAUUCCCAAUAUCAAGACCCCAAAGACGUGCCAAGCCUGCUGUCAAUUCUGAUAUGACUUACAGUGAUCUAGAACCUUACCAUAGACAGUUUAAUAUUGAUCUUGCACCCAAGCUACUGCUAUCAAGGGGAGCUCUUGUUGAGUCGCUCAUCUCUGCCAAUAUCAGCCAUUAUGCUGAAUUCAAGGCUGUCAAUCAAAUUCUCACAUUUUUGGAAGGGUCUAUGGAGGCAGUGCCCUGUUCCAGAUCAGAUGUAUUCAGCAGUAAGCUGAUACCUGUCAUUGAGAAAAGGCUACUGAUGAAGUUUUUGACUUUCUGCCUAGAUCAUAAUGAACACUUAGAAGAAUACAAGCCAUUUGAGGAUAAGCCAUUUGUUGAGUUUUUGAAGUCACGCCGCAUGACACCUAAUUUGCAACACUUUGUGAUCCAUGCCAUUGCAAUGGUAAAACCAGAUGCUCUUACCAUCGAUGGUUUAAAUGCUGCCCAAUCAUUCCUAAUGUCACUUGGUCGAUAUGGGAACAGUCCUUUUAUUUGGCCAUUGUAUGGCUUAGGGGAGCUCCCACAAGCUUACUGCCGCAUGUGUGCUGUGUUUGGUGGGCUGUACUGCCUCCGUAAGAGUGCUGAAUCAAUAGUCGUGGACACUAAAGAGAAGAAAUGUGUGAAGGUAGUUUCUGAGGGACAGGAGCUUAAAUGCAAAUGGCUUAUUAUGGAGCAUACCUAUCUCCCCUCAGAAUGGAGAGAACCAUCUACACAGUCUGUGUCACGGGCUGUGUUCAUAACAGACAAGUCAAUCAAGCAAGCAAAGGAAGAGAAUGUUACAAUGUUGACCAUGCCAGCUGCUAGUCCAGAUGCCAGCCCUGUAUUGGUUCUAGAGCUGAGCAAUUCCACCCAGGCUUGUCCAUGUGGGUUGUAUUUAGUCCAUUUGGUGAGCGAAGGGUGUGUCACGGCACAAGAGGACCUGGAACAAGUAGCCAGAAAGAUUCUACACUUCCCAGAAAAUGAGGAUGACAGGAGUAGUGAUAAACCUGUAGUGCUGUGGUCUUUAUAUUUCAACCAUGAUGCUCCAGACCCAUCCACAGUCAAGCCUUUACCAGAUAAUGUGUUUUCGACCUCACUCCCAGGCGUAACACACAAUCUCGAACAAGCAAUGAGACAGGCAAAAGAUAUCUUCACAAAAAUCUGUGGCCCUGAUGAAGAAUUCCUUCCUGCAGUGCCAAACCCUGAAGACGUUAUCUUGGAUGAUUUCCUUACUGCAAGAAAUGAAAACCCAAAUUCUGGCCUUCAAAACUCAGGUGGUCUGCAUACUUCUGCUGAUAACACUGGUAACAGUACGGACACCAAUACUGACACCAAUACUGACACCAAUACUGACACCAAUGCUGACACCAAUACUGUCACCAAUACUGACACCAAUACUGACACCAAUGCUGACACCAAUACUGUCACCAAUACUGACACCAAUACUGACACCAAUGCUGACACCAAUACUGACACCAAUACUGACACCAAUGCUGACACCAAUACUGACACCAAUACUGACACCAAUGCUGACACCAAUGCUGACACCAAUACUGACACCAAUACUGGUGACAAUACUGACACCAAUACUGACACCAAUACUUAUGCCAAUACUGGUGACAAUACUGGUGACAAUACUGACACCAAUACUGUCACCAAUACUGACACCAAUACUGACACCAAUACUGGUGACAAUACUGACACCAAUACUGGCUCCAAUACUGUCACCAAUACUGACACCAAUACUGACACUAGUACUGGAAACAGCAGUGUAACUGAUGCCAUUACCAGUCAAAGUGCCAACCAUAGUCCUGACCAAUGAGUUCAUUAAUAAUGGUAACAGCAUUGGGGAACAAGCCAUUACCAUUCCAAGCACUGGCCAUGCCUUUAACGUUUUUGCCCAUGAUGGUGGCCAUGACGGGCACAGCACUAGGGCUGGCUUUGUUACACCUUGUUGAUGUUAAUGGAGGCAAUAUGUGAUUACAUACUGCUGAUAAAAAAAUUAUGAUAAAUAAAAAAUAGAAAUGGAAAUAUAUAGAAAAGAAAGAAAAAAAAAACAGACCAUAUUAUUAAGUCAGUAGGCUCUAUAUAAUAGCUAUAUAGCUAUAAAAAUUGUAAUUGGUUACUUUAAAACUCAUGUGCUGAAAUUGGGGUCAAAUAUAAAAUAAAAAUAUCUGGAAAGCUCAAAUGAAGUGGGGAUGGUCAAUUGGAGGAACUUUUUGUUGGUUAUUAGCCUAAGUCAGCUCUCUGUUUUGCUUGAAUUUGUUCCUUUUUUAUGUGAAGAGGUAUUUCACUAUCGACCCAUCGCACAAAAUUGUAGAUUGAUUUAUUGCUUGUAGCCCUUUUUUAGGUUAACUUACAUGAAAACUAGACCCUGCGUGCAGAGUUGACUUGGAUACCAAUGGAUCGCAUUUGCAAUUUGUUUGAGUCCCCUUUUUUCUACCAUUUAAUUAUGAUAAAAGCAUAUAAAAUGUGUAAAUGCCAUCUUAUAACACUGAUUGGGAUAAGAAAGAUAAGAAACACAAGAUUUCCAGGCGGGGGAGGGGGCAUCAAGUGUGUGAAUGGGGGCUGGAGUUAAAAAUUGCUUUGACUGUGUACCAUUCGUAGGAGUAUAACUGUUUACAGGCUAUAGGAUUAUUUGACUUGGAAACGAAGUCUAAUGUCUUGUUAGUAUUGAAUAAAACACGUAUCCCUACUUCAAA